AUUUUCUUGUUUUCCAGGUAGAUGAUUAUAUGGUGGCAGGGAUAAAGAAUGGAAACCAAGGUGGUAAAAUCCAUGUUGCCCGGUGCCGGUAACAGAUCCAGAAACACCAGCAUGGUGGAUACACCUGAUGAAGGCAACGGCUUCCUGAGGAACUGGCAGAGACAUUCUGAACGUAAAGAUGAGAGGCAUGCAAGCUUUCGGCAAAGCUUCCCCAGCUUCAGGAAAAGUACAAGAAAAUCAAAGAACAGAGAUGAACGUGAAGAACAAGGUCCAGCUGAAAAGAAAGACAUUCUUCAAAAAUUCCGGAGUAGUUUUAUAGCAAAAAAUAGGUCUGGCAUUAACAAUUCCUCCAACAAAUGUGACAAUGAAUCUGGAAAUGAAUUAUCGAAGGAAGAAACAAGUGGAGGCCGGUUGCUGCUGUCGGUGAUGGAAAUUAAUGAACUUAUCAAUGAGAAAGAUCUCCAAAGAGCCUUUACAAGCAUUAAAGUAAUGGAGGAACAUCUGACUGAAGAAUAUAAGAAUGGAAUCUACAAGAGCAACACAGCAGAAUACACAAGAAGAGCCAAAGACAUUGACAUGCUGUAUGGUUCCCUUUUCAAACAGAUAAAAGCCACUGUCAAAGACUCACUCGUACAAAGUCACGUGGAUGAGCGAUUGGUAAAAUCUGUGGUCAACAUUAUUGACGAAGAUGCUGCAGCCAAUAAAAAUCUGCCAAUAGCUGAUGCUAAAUUGGAGACUCCGCCCCCCAGGAGCCCACGGAGAUGGAAAACAUUAUGGAAGGAGGUUAUACGAGAAAGCGUGACGGAAAGGAUCGGCCUUGCUCCGAUGACCCCAACAGUAAACGCGUCGUGGCUCGUGGAACAUUUAGAAUUCCUUAAAACAAAUAUCGUCUGGGACUUACUGAGAGUAAAGAAUUCCCUGAAGCCCCUCUAUCCUGAGGACUAUGAUGUCUUUGGAAUGUAUGCCGGAAGCUUUCACGAUGCUUUGUCUUCUCACUUAAAAUGCAACGUCUUGCCUCGUUCCUUGAAAUUCAGUCAGUUGUACGCUUUGCUUAACUGGAUUCUAAACACGUACACCAGUGAUACUUUCAUGGCUCAUCCUGAUCUCCAACCCGAUCUUAAAUCAGCCAGCCUUUCUUUAUUAGAUGACGAGAGUCUGAGAAAAUUAAAGGAAGAUUAUGUAACAGCCCUGCGGGAAACAAUAAAUAAUUAUUUGACCAAAAUACUCGAAAAUGAGAAGCAAAACUGGGAAACAAAAGAGGAACCAGAGGAAGAGGUAUUACAAAACAGCUGCCUCUGCCCCAUCUACAUAGACAUCGAGGAGAUGACUGGGAAACAUGUUAGAGAGUCAACAAAUCUUUCAAAAGAUUUAGAAACGCCAACAUUCCACACAUGUAUGGAGGAGCUAGCAACGUUUGCUGCAAGAUUUCAAUCAGAAUUUACUGCCAGCUUCCAGGAACCGUUCGGCGGCUUUUUUGUUCAAUAUUUUGUUAUCUACGUAAAUAGCUUCAUCAAAUUAAGUAACAACCCAAAGCAGUCAGAUGCCGAGCCCUGCAGGACGGCAGAAACCAGCUUGAGUGAUGCCGUCAGCACUUUGAAGGAACAUUUCUUCCGUCUUUUCACCACGGCCACUCUGCCGCACUUCAAGAAGCUUCUCACAAAAGCGUGGUUGGCCAAAAAUACGGCAUUCAAGGCAAUAAUUAAGCUGACUAAUGAUGGAUGCCAGUACCUGAAAUAUUUAAUCGCACCUCUUGAUAAGGAUCUUGCAAACAAAGUUUACAAGCAUCUGGUACAACAAUACAUCAUACAGAUCAUGAAGAGGAAAAUGCGUUUAAGAAACCUGAACCGCAAGAAAGCAGCCCAGUGCAUGAGCCAGGAGUGUAAGGAGUUAAAACUUACAGCGACGGAGCUGGGGUCUGAUCUUGAACAUUUAUUCCCCGCCAUUCAUUAUAUUUCUGAAUUAAUCCGUUUGAGGAAGAAAGAUGGCAUACAGCUGCAGCUUGAAAUAUUAUACAAGAAGUAUCCAGAUCUUGGAGAGGAACACGUGUACUCGAUCCUGUAUUUACAAGGCAUGGGGAGAAGGAAAAGGAGUUUGCUGAUGAAUUAUUUCAGAGAAUUGGAGAAGAAGGAGCCUCGACCAUCAUCAGACGGACCUCUCUUUGCAGACAUUGAAUGUUCUACGCGAACCACGUGCUUUUAAAGAUAUCCUUUUGGUUCUGUUUGUGAAGUGCAGAUGAUCGACCAGUUUUGGAACCCACACGGUACUUACUGAGAUUCAAAGAACAGAUCAUAUGGAGUCGUACAUUUGGAAUGUUCCAAUGGACAUGGGUUCUAAUUUGCCUGACUUGCUCUAGAACCUUGGUCUAAAAUGCCGGCUCUCAGUAGUGAUGUAUAUGAAGUGCUAAUAAAUAUCUAAAAUAUAUAUAUGAAUUUACACGUCAAAAAUGUGGUCAUACUUAAAUAAUGAAACCCUAAGUGAACUUCUUAUAGUCUCGAUAUUGUAGGAAAUUUUAGAAAUACCUAUCAUUUUUAAUAAAUAUAUAAGUGUUGUAAAA